GAGCGGAUGCUGGGGGAGGCGGCUGCAGCCUUGGCUGCGCAGCAGGAGCGCAGAGAAGCCGAGGACCUGGAGGCAGGAUGCCGACGCUCCACAGCCCGAGACCGUGUUUCCUGUGAGUCCAGAUGUGCGAUCCAGAUGUGCUGCAAUGGUGACAUAAACCGUUGACUGAGACUAGGAGCGUGCCUGAAACGCCAUCCUUCCUCCUUUUUUUUUUUAAUGGUGCUUCUACUGGAAUAGUCAACGAAGUGCGUCCAACAUGAGUUUUAUCAUGAAACCUCACAGACACUUUCAAAGAACACUGAUUCUGCUCGCCACCUUUUGUAUGGUGAGCAUCGUUAUUUCUGCUUACUACCUGUACAGCGGCUACAAACAGGAAAGUGAAGUCUCCGGGCGGGCUUCGGAAGUGGACUGUGGCGACCUCCAACACAUACCAUCCAGGCUGAUGGCAGCGAAGAGGACAAUGAUUUCUGAUGCUUCAAGGACAGACCCCACAGUCCUAGUGUUUGUGGAGAGCCAGUACUCAUCCCUUGGUCAAGACAUCAUUAUGAUGCUAGAAUCCAUCCGGUUCCAUUAUCACACGGAAAUCGCUCCUGGAAAAGGCGAUCUUCCGGCGCUUACAGACAAUGUGAAAGGCAAAUACAUUCUCAUUAUAUAUGAGAAUAUUCUAAAGUAUAUAAACAUGGACUCUUGGAAUAGAAGCCUCUUAGAUAAAUACUGUAUAGAGUAUGGUGUGGGUAUCAUUGGAUUCCACAAAACCAGUGAGAAAACCCUUCAGAGCUUUCAGUCCCAGGGCUUCCCCUUUUCCAUAAGUGGAAACCUGGCAGUAAAAGAUUGCUGUAUUAAUCCUCACUCCCCUCUCCUCCGUGUGACCAAAUCAUCCAAGCUUGACAGAGGUUCUUUACCUGGAGCUGACUGGACAGUUUUUCAGAUUAACCACUCCACCUACCAGCCAGUAAUAUUUGCCAAAGUUAAGACUCCAGAAAACCUUUCUCCUCCCAUCUCUAAACAUGCAUUUUAUGCCACUAUCAUACAUGACCUGGGGCUUCAUGACGGGAUCCAGCGAGUUCUUUUUGGCAACAACUUGAACUUUUGGCUGCACAAGCUCAUUUUCAUAGACGCCAUCUCCUUCUUGUCAGGGAAGAGACUGACACUGUCCUUGGACAGAUACAUCCUUGUGGACAUUGACGACAUAUUUGUGGGGAAGGAGGGCACAAGGAUGAACACCAACGAUGUGAAGGCCCUGCUUGACACUCAGAAUCUUUUGCGCUCACAAAUCACCAACUUUACUUUCAACCUUGGAUUUUCAGGGAAAUUUUAUCACACGGGAACCGAAGAAGAAGAUGCAGGGGAUGACUGUCUGCUGGGGUCUGUGGAUGAGUUCUGGUGGUUUCCUCACAUGUGGAGUCACAUGCAGCCCCAUCUCUUCCAUAAUGAGUCGUCUUUAAUAGAGCAGAUGAUUCUCAACAAAAAGUUCGCCUUAGAGCAUGGCAUCCCUACGGACAUGGGCUACGCAGUGUCCCCUCACCAUUCAGGUGUCUACCCCGUACACGUUCAACUUUAUGAGGCCUGGAAGAAGGUUUGGAAUAUUAAAAUCACCAGCACUGAAGAAUAUCCACAUCUGAAACCAGCUAGGUAUCGGAGAGGCUUCAUCCACAAAAACAUCAUGGUUCUCCCGAGACAAACCUGUGGACUCUUCACCCACACGAUUUUCUACAAGGAGUACCCAGGGGGCCCCAGGGAACUGGACAAGAGUAUUCAUGGAGGGGAGCUCUUCUUCACUGUGGUUCUCAACCCAGUAAGUACUUGAGGUCACUUCAAACAAAUAACGUUAGGGAUGGCAAGGUGCAUAAAAAUUACCUUGAGGGAGAAAUGGGGGAUUGGGAAGUUACCAAUCAAAUAGCAUGGACACCGUGUCUGUGGAGAAUAAAAUUACUCUUCCUCCUCUCCUCUCCUCCCUCUUCCUCCAGCUGUCCCAUUCCCCCUCUUC